GGCAUCACUCAUUUUCAAACACCGCCUGAAGCGGGUUGAGCAAGGAAAUAGACGAAAGAGGAACGUCUAUUGUGCCGGAUCAUCCAACGACCAGAAACUUUAAUGGGACUCGUAUUUAGCAGUCUUUGGAAUCGACUAUUUUCCAAAGCAGAAGUAAAGAUUAUCAUUGUCGGUCUUGACAAUGCUGGAAAAACCACGAUCCUGUACAAACUGUUAAUGAAUCAAGUGGUCACCACCACGCCUACUAUUGGAAGCAAUGUAGAAGAAGUAGAAUAUAAAAAUAUCAAGUUCAUGAUGUGGGAUAUAGGCGGACAGGAAUCUUUACGAGCGUCAUGGAAAACAUAUUAUGUAGAUACAAAGGCUGUGAUUUUAGUCAUUGACAGUACCGAUGCCAAUCGACUACACAUUGCCAAACAAGAAUUACACGCCAUGAUGGAGAACGAGCAACUUCGGGAAGCGAGUCUCCUCGUGUUCGCGAAUAAGCAAGACGUAAAGGGCGCGUUGACGGCAGCUCAGGUGUCGGAUGCAUUGGCUUUGACUUCUUUGAAAGACCGCCAAUGGCAUAUUCAGGCUUGCUCAGCAUUAUCAGGAGAUGGUCUUUUCCAAGGUUUGGACUGGGUAGUCCUUCAAAUCUCGGGAUCAUAAAUGCCGUCAUCAAAGUCGUUGUAUAUUUUACCCUCGUCUUGUAUAUGAACAAAUCUUUUUCUCUUUUGGCUGUUGCAGAAAAUCUGGAAAACGAAUCAAAAGAUCAUAAAUAUUCAUGGAUAGAAAGUGCUGUUAAGAUAUUCAGCUGUCGGCAUGACCAGGUUCUUCUCCACAUCUUGUCAGAUUCCUCGAGCAUAACAGAAAUAAAAAAAUAAAAAAAUAGCAAACAUAUUAUUGCUGACACAAGG